AAAAAUACGAAUGGCAAGAACAGUUGCUACGCAACGAAAAUGUCACAAACCCGGGAAAUGUAAACAAAAAUCAGUAUAUAUUUUUCCAAAAACUACAUCAUGAUAACAGAACAUUAAGAAUACGUGGAAAUUAAAAUAUCAAUACAUAGCAUGGACAACAAUGCAUCUGAUACAUUACAUUCGAAUGUGCUUUACUUUAUUGAAAAUCAUUCUGCAAUAGAGCCGGAAAUCAGAAAACUCGUUUCGGACAAUCAGGCCUUAUCGAAACAAGUUGAGGAAUUAUUGAAGGAGAAACUUCAACACGAAGAAUAUUAUGGCAACAAUCAGAGUAUCGAGGUACAAGAGUUGAGGAGACAAGUUGGUUUACUUACGAAGGAAAGAGAUUCCUUACACGUACUAUGGCAGACGUCACAAAAGACAAUAGAAGCAUUGGAAACAGAGCUGAAGACUUACCAACAUUGUGAUGAUAGAGUCGGGAAGCAGAGUAUCGCUUGUGAAAGACGAGGACUAGAAAUGAAAUUAGAUACAGCAUUAGCUGACUACAUGGAAAUAGAAAAGCAAUACAAAAAAUUACAUUCUGACCGGAAUAUUUUAGAAAAGGAGUUGAAAACGAAAGAGAAACAUAUUUUCGAACUUAAGGAAAAGUGUAACGAUUUAGAGGAUAAAGUUGCUGAACUGAACAAAACAUUGGAUGAAUGUAAAGUAGUUUGCCUAGCAGAAAAGAAAAGUAAUGAGGACAUGAAAUCACAAUUAGCAUUAUGUAGAAAAGAACUUGUUGAGAAAACAAAUCGAGAAGGGGAAGCCAAGUUGAAGGUCGCAGAAGCACUGCAAUUGUUUGAUUUUGUCAGUGCACAAAAGACUGAAGCCUUAAAAACUGUGUCGGACUUAAAAGAAGAACUAACUAAAGUCAAGAACUCGAUUGCUGCAGUAAGUCGAGAAGCAGAAGAAUCCUACAGACGUGAGAUUGAUGGUGUAAAAGAAAGAUACAAUGAGAAGGUGACGGACAUGUUGGAACAUGUUAAAUGCUUAGACUCAGAGCUGGUUGAGAAAGGGAUUCUAUUGAAUAAGGCUUUGCGAGAGAACAAAAUUCUUCAAGCAUCAAACGAAAGCCUUAUAAUAAAACAGAACGAUAACAUUAAGGCACUUGAUCCGAAGUUAGCCCUUGCAGAAGAGAAACUAGAAGCUAUAUUCCAGGAUUUGGUGGCAUCGGAGCGUAGAAACAUGCAACUGGCAUGCGAGAAACAAGCUCUUGCAAUGGACAUGCAGAGAGUACAGGAUUGGCACGCGAGAGAGCUCAAACGGAGAGAUUGGGAGCACAAGUUGCUGGAAGGCCAAUGCGAGGAAUUAAAAUUGCAAGUGAAUCACCUGGAGAAGUCGUUGGAUGAAUCCCGCGAUAUGGUGAACAAAAUGCAAGAAAUGCUCGCAGCUAGGAUUGCGCUUAGCCAAAAGGUGGUGUCCACGAAAGAGCAAGAGUUAGUGGAGUUAAAAAAGCACUUGGAAAGUCAAAUGGAGCUUAAUAAUAAAUGGAAAGAAUCCUAUGUCGACAUGACAGAGAAGAUGAAGAAAAAGUUUGAAGAGUUAUACGAGGAGAACAAACAUUUAAAAUCUCUACAUCAAUUGCCAUCCAAUAGUUCAACUGAAAGUGUUAUAAUUUGAUAAUAAUUAUGAAUUGGACAUAGUUCCUGAAAAACGUUCCACGCCACAAACAUCACAUUUUAAGGAAUUCGUGUUUAAAGUUUAAUAAAUAUUAGUGUAUUCCAUACAUGUGAGUUGGGCUACUAAGUCAUGAUGUCAUUUAGGGAGUGUCAGUAGGGCUGCCAUUUUUUGUCAGUUCGUUAAUAUGAAUCACGUGACCAGUUUUGUGUUCUUAACUCAAUUUCGAUGUGAUUCUGGUUUGGAACGUUUUCUGGAAUUACGUCCAAUUAUGAAACGGCACGAAAUACAUAUAAGUUUUUAUACCCGGUUAUAUUAUCUCUGGAACUGACGUCGAUGACGUCACAUCGUCGCUUUGUUACGGUGUGCAAAACAAGCAUCACUAGAUGUAGAUAAUAUCCUAAUAUUAAUGAACAAACUACGAAAAUUUAUUGAAGUAGGCGAUACUUUGCGGAUAUCCAUAAUUAUCCAAAUGUUUUGUGUUUUCUUUGGUGUUAAUCCCGCCAAUAUUUGUCUUUAAACAGUUCGACACGCGUUUCGCCUCUACACGAGGCAUCCUCAGGAGAUGUUUUUAUUUUCUCAAAAUUGUUUCCUUUAGAAUUCUUUUAUGUUUGUGAUUCUCAGAACAAAUGAAGUAUGGAGAUUUACUGUUGUUUUGUGACGUGAUCGCGGUGUCACCAUGAAUGUCUUGUUGUUUUCUUACAUUUUUGAGAAGUAAGACAGUCUUGAGAUGAUACUAAUAUGCUAUUUGUGAGAAGUAAUAUGCGGUAGUUUUCCAAUUACAGAGCAUAAUAUGACUCAGUGACGCGUAAUGCUGAAUUUUGAUUAUUAGAACAUCAAUUAGUUUUCAAAUGCACCAACAGAGUGCGCUAAGUUCAGUGUUGAAAAAAAAUAAUUCAUAGAUUAGGAACCUUAUUAAUGUUAUGAGUAUACCUAGAGUGGUAUACAAUAAUAAGUGGUGGAAAACUAGUAACGGUUAUUUCUUCUUCUUGAUUCUAAUUUUUUUCAAAUUAUUAUGAUAAUAAUUUAAUUUUUAAAUUUUUUAUACUUUGGGUUUUUUUUAAAUGACUAAAAUACUUUUUAACAGUCCGAAUUAGCUUUUAUUAUUUCCAAAAAACUACGACGAAACGAAAGCUUUAAGAUUUUUUUCAACAAUAGACAAUAUUACUGACGAUAAUAAAUAAAUAAUAUAUCCAUUAAUGCCAACAUAAAGAAAAAAUACUUGUUAAUUGUCUGCCACUGAGUAGGUAUCGAUUGCACGCAUCACGAGAAAGCAGUAGUUUUUAUUUAUUUAUUUAACACCAACAAGACAAACACUAAUAAAAGUAUAAUAAUAUUAUUACAAUAAAUAAUAAAUUCUAAGUGUUGGCUUAAUUAUAGGUGUUACACACAUUUCAAAAACAUAAGACACAAACAUAUUUAAUUAAAAUGAAUGCAAACAUUAUCGGAAUAUUUACAAAUUGAAUUAAACGUAAAUGAAUAAGAAAUCAAUAAUAUUAUAUAAUAAUUAAAACAUGCAUCAUUUCACAAUUAUAUAGAACAAACUUAUCAGUAUUUAUCAAUUAUUUGAAUAAAAUAUACUUUUUGCCUAUAAUUUACAAAAAAAAAUUAAUAUAAACGAAAUACAUUCCGUUUAAAUGACGAAAUAUUGUCUGAAAA